AUGAGUUCACUGUUCCUAAAACGCAGUUUGAUUUUUGUGACCGGAUCCAGCCGCGGGUUCGGAAAAGAAAUAGUCCAGCAGUUUGCAAAGAAGUUUUCAGAGUCUUCUUGUUUCGUUCUCAUUUCACGCUCAAGCGAGGCUCUAAAAGAAAGCUGUGAUACUCUGAAGGAAAGUUUUUUACUACAUGAAUUCACAUCCUACGCCUGUGAUCUCAGUAAAACGGCCGACGUUUCUGCGUUGUGCGAAAACAUAUCGAAGGAUUUCAGUGGCAAAUUGUCGCAGUACAAAAGCGCAUUGUUAGUACAGAAUGCAGGCACAUUGGGUCAGAUCGAAAAAUCAGCGGUUGAUUUGGAUGACAUCGGGGCACUGCAGGAGUACAUGUGUACUAACAUCUCCUCUUACAUUCUACUAAACUCUGCCUUUCUGAAGCUGCUCAAACCAGUAGACUACGCAGAAUUAGACCGCUGGAUUAUCAACAUCUCCUCAAUAUGUGCAACUGUACCAAUGGCAAGUCAAACGGAGUAUGCCAGCAUCAAAGCGGCCAGAGAAAUGGCCUUGAGGGUUCUCCAGAUUGAGAACCCAAAAGUCAGAACCCUCUCCUACUCUCCUGGACCCCUGGAAACGGACAUGAGCGAUGAAUUGAGGAGUAAGUGGACACAAAAAGAGGCGACAAAGUCAUGGAACUAUUUGACAUGUGAACAAAGUGUGAACAAACUGGUUGUAAUUUUGGAGGAAAACAAGUUUGAAGGAGCUUGUAGAAUUGACUACUUUGACCGAAACUAA